AUGGAGAAGGAUCAGUUCAAUGUCCACGAGACAUCCGACUACAACGGGCAUCCUCAUGCCACCUACGUCGAUCCCGCGACGGGCAUCGAGAGCAAGGAUGGCCGCAUCCUCGAGGCUUCAGGUGUGUAUGGCGACGUGGCAACCGCCGAGGAGUAUGGCUAUGUGAGCAGAGGGCUCAAGUCCAGACAUAUCCAGUUUAUUGCGCUUGGUGGUACCAUUGGUACUGGUCUCUUCUUGGGUAUUGGGAGUGCUUUCACCCGUGCCGGGCCCCUGUCUGUCCUUCUUGGUUACUCGUUCACUGGUAUUGCCGUCUUUGGGAUGAUGCAGUGUCUGGGUGAGAUGGCAACUUGGCUUCCCCUACCCGGUUCCAUUCCCCAGUUCUGUGCCCGUUACGUCGAUGAUGCACUUGGGUUUGCCGUUGGGUGGAAUGUGAGUUAUCUUUCUGUUUCUGGGUCCCCCUCCCCUCCACCCCAGCGCACCACAGCGUCGCAAGCUCGCGUUUUGAACCUUCCUGGCUACGAGGACACUCCAGUACUGAUUCCCAUGAUUGAAAUAGAACUGAUCUCUGCCGCCUCCAUCGUCAUCGAGUUCUGGCAUGGCGCGGACCACAUCAAUGUCGCAGCCUGGAUCUCAAUCAUCAUCGUUCUCGUUGUCUGUCUCAACAUUUUCGCCGUCUCAAUUUAUGGCGAGGCCGAAUUCGUCUUUGCCAGUGUGAAAAUUAUCACCAUUAUCGGACUCUUGGUGAUGGCUUUCAUUGUUGAUCUCGGCGGUGGACCACGCCACGACCGUCUUGGCUUCCGAUUCUGGAAGCACCCAGGCCCUAUGAACGAGUAUGCCUCAACUGGAGGAGCUGGUCGUUUCUUGGGUCUCUUCUCGGUGCUUGUGAAUGCUGCUUUCUCAUAUGGUGGUGUCGAGCUGGUCGCUGUGGCCGCUGGUGAGGCCGAGAACCCUCGCAAAAACAUUCCUAAGGCUGUUCGCCGUGUCUUCUGGCGUAUCCUGUUCUUCUACGUGCUUGGCUCUCUUGCGAUCGGUGUCUUGGUCGCUUCCAACGACCCGCAUCUGUUGUCGGCACAGGAGGCAGGUUCUCCAGGUGCUGCCCAGUCUCCGUGGGUUAUUGGCAUCACCAACGCCGGUAUCCCCAUCCUACCAUCCAUCAUCAACGCCGUCAUCUUGACUUCAGCCUCCUCGUCUGCCAAUGCGUUCUUGUAUACUGGAUCCCGGUACCUUUUCGCACUAGCGCAGAACAGGCAGGCCCCGCGCUUCCUCCUUCACUGCAGCAAGGCCGGUGUGCCAUACUGGUGUGUAGCGAUCACUGCCUCCAUUUCCGGCCUGACCUAUCUCUCUGUCUCUUCUGGUGGACCGUCCGUCGUGUUCAACUGGUUCCAGAAUUUGACGACCAUUGCCUCCCUCUUCACUUGGUGCUCCAUCUGCGUCGCCUACCUCCAAUUCUACAAGGCCCUCAAGGCACAAGGAGUUGACCGCAACACUUUGGUAUUCAAGAGCCGCUUCCAGCCAUACACCGCCUGGGCCGCUCUCUUCUACUUUGUAAUCAUCAUUCUUUUCAAUGGUUUCUAUGUUUUCACCGGCGAGCACCACUCGCACUGGGACGUGACCGACUUCCUCGCGGCCUACAUCGGCAUCCCCAUCUUCUUCGCGUUGUACGGGUUCUGGAAGGUCCUUAAGAGGACUCCGUGGCACAAUCCAGCUGAUGCGGAUAUCACGACGGGCAAGGCCGCUCUGGAUGCCGAGGAUGGACAAUGGCCUGAGCAGAUCCCCAGGAAUAUUUUCGAGAGGUUCUGGUUCUGGCUUGCAUAG